AUGACCAAUACUGGAUCGAGCUUUAGUGACAUGUCAAGAUGGCAGAGCAUGCGGAACGUGACCCAGUUCAUGGUUGCAGGGCUGCCAGUCGACACGGCCGAUGGAGCAGGCGCGGCUGAGGGAUUGCUAGGGGAACCGUAUUGGGACCCGAUCGUUGGAGAUAUAACGGUGAAGCAAAAGUGGAGUAAGACCUUGGAUGGAGCUACGUUGAUCGCCAAGAGAGAGAUGGAGAAUGCGAUGCGAGAGCAAGCUUAUGUAGGAGGAAGUCAGGUGGUUCUAGAACGAAGCUGGAGGGAGAGAUGA